CCCACAGUCAUGGUCUCUCCUGCCAUACCGCGGCUGGUCCUCCGGCAAACUCGAUUCAUCGUCCAGCGACGCGCCGCCUCAACUACGUCCGAAGCCGCAAACGCGGCAUCAAAGAGCGCAACUGCUGCUAAGGAGACCGCGCAGAGCACAGCAUCAAAGGCAUCAGAGGGCUUGUCACGAGUUACAAGCUCAGCCGGCCCGGCACUCAGCAAGGUAGCCAGCUCCGCAAGCAAUGCGGUAUCGAGCAUCGGGGGACGAACCGGCAGAGCAAUCAGCUUUGUGCAAGGUCUCGUUCCACACGUCGUAUACUAUGGCAAGGUUGCGGGAGAACUUGGGAAGAUCAUCUACAAUGGUCGCAGCAUGCAGCCACCGUCCAUGCAAACCGUUCAAUCCUAUCUCACUACUGUGACCAACGUGAUCCGCAACCCUUCCGCAGCUGCUAGCCUUGGAUCAAAGACAGCUCAGGCUGUCGAGCGAUCCGCGCAAGCCGCCAUUGACCAGCCACACUCGUUCCUAACCAGACUUCGAAACCUCGACUCAGCGACAUUGACCCAGGUCGGUAUUGUUGGAGCUGAGACUAUUGGUUUCUUCUCCAUCGGUGAGAUUAUUGGACGAUUCAAGCUUGUUGGCUACAGAAGCAGUGCACCUGCACAUCACUGAGCAACGGGCAUAUAAGAGGUGACGUGGAGAGAGCGAGAGAGAGGCAGCUGAGAUAUAUCCUAUAGACACUGUGAUCGAGCUUAAAAGCAGUUCUCUCACAGUCGGGGAAAGAAAUCGCGCCUUCAGCAAACAGCUGGCGCCCGUACCUUUUUUGGGCAUAACCUGAAGCAUUUUUUGCCUCUAG